AUGGAUUACCCGCCGAUUGAUACGUUAAUGGACCCGGAGAUGGAGUUUCUGACGGAUAACCAAGACCGGCAACAAGUGGGAGCCCUUCAAAGAAUACUGCGGCUACAAUGUCGGCCUCCUCAAUGGCGCCCUAAAAUCUCACUCUGGUUAUCCACCCAAGAAGUUGCUUCUCCAACAACGGAUUUCUCGGACACGCAACAUGGACCGACAGAAGGAGAUCCCGUACACGCAACAUGGACCGACAGAAGGAGAUUGAAGAAAGAGUGUACUGUGCUCCCCAAUCUCGCACACUACCCUGCGUUACAACUCAGAAAUCCAAUUUCUCUCUUUUUUUUAGACAGAGCACCCCACGAUUACACAGAUAGAACUAGAGCGGCGACGUGGCUACACGGGUUGGUUGGAGAAGAUAGCAACGAUGGAGGACCGUGUGUGGGCAGGACCGUCGGGCAGCGGCGAGCCCCGAUCUAUGGGAUGCGAUCAGUGGUGUCGGCGUCACUCGACAUCAAGGAGAGAAAAGUUGGCAUCUCUAUUUGCAUCUUCCUCUACACUUUCUCAAAAGGCUUUCAUAUUGCAUCUGAAACGACAACAAGGGAUUUCCCUAUCAAAGUCCUUGAACUAGCCGCAAUCUUAUGCAUGAGAGGGGUCACCGUCGAUAGCCUCCCGAGCGGUGUUAGAGCACACAGUAGUUUGCUCUACGUGAGCCCACCUGCAAAAUUUGCACGCUCAAGGUACAAAACCAUGGCAGAUGAUCUCUUGGUAAUAUCGACGGCCCAUGUGAAUACAGGCAUGUGGAUAUCGAUUACUAAUCCAGAGAGCAACCCGAUUACGUUUAAAGAUAUUGAGAUUGAAAGUUCAGAUGCUGAACAGAACAAAGGCAUUAUAGAGAAACAUUAUUACAUUCACGAUCAGAUUAUCGAACAAAGAAAAGACUUGGCCGAAAGAGGUACAUUGUGUCUACUAAGGAAUAAACUUGACGCCAAAUCCCCCAAUAGGAUUUAUUUAAAUUCUGAUGCUCUUGGCCACUCAUCUCAUAGGGACUGGAGGUUGUGGCCGGGGGAACCAAACGGUGCUUCUUUUUACGGUCAUUUUUGUGACCCACAUGGUAGUCCUCCAAUUUAUGGCGAUUGCUCGUAUAAUUGUACGCUAGAUGAUGUAGCUAGGGAGGAACAAAAAAUGCGAUCACUUUUUCGUCCAGGGCAUGUAAAUGUUGCACCUCGCCACUUGACUACCGAAGCAGAAACUUUUACUUUCUGCCACAAUGAUUCAUGCGAAUCACCUCGCGGCAGUAAAAACCGUAAUACGUGGACCCCACAUUAUAAGGACGAGUGUCAAGUGCGGACUUGA